AAGAACUACGCGCCUGCAUGCUAGGUGCCGUCCCGGAAGUAGCGCAGCUCUGUAGGCUUCGGUCACCCUCCAUCUUGUGGAUACCGCAGCUACUGAAAAAAACACACGAAAAAGGGUGACAGGUUUCCGUUUGGCGGGACUCGUAGGUGAGUGAACGAAAACAUGAGCACGCUAAACGUGAAGAAGCUCAAAGUGAACGAGCUAAAAGAGGAGCUGCAGCGCCGUGGCCUGGACACUCGGGGUCUGAAGGCGGAUUUAGCGGACAGGCUACAGGCGGCGCUGGACGCUGAGGCCGCCGGAGCAGCAGAAGAAGAAGAAGAGCAGGACGCCGGGGAAGAGGAGGAAGAGAAGAGGAGCGGCGGCGGAGAUUUUGCUGCUGAUGUGUCAGGUAACGGAGCAGACGACGAGCUUCAGUGCGACGACGGAAAUGGCGGCAAUCAGAACGAGGAAAAGGAGGUGAGCGAAGAGGAAGAUGAGAGUAACGUACACAGCGCUGCCCAUUUCGAAUCGACCGACUUCACCUCUGAUGAUCUGAAACAACCAGAUCAAGGCUUCGGGCAGCCAGUAGAACAAGGGUAUGACGAAGGUCAAGAAGACGAUUGGAGCAAUGAUGAGCCAGUUAAGAGCGAGGGCUCUGAGGAUCCCGAAGUGAAACAGGAGUACGAGGAGCCGGAUGCAAAACCAGAGCAGUUUGAGGAAACACAUGAGCAGGAGGAAGUCACACAGCCAGAAACGGAACAGACUGAGCAACAGGUGACCGAUGUAAAAGCAGAGCCCAAGAAGAACGAUGACACGCCACAGCAAGAGGAGGCAGCAAACAACUGUGUUCCUGCAGAAGAUGGCCGAGCGGCGCACGUUAAAACGGAAGAUGACCAACAGACAUCGCAGAGCCGCAAAAGACCACACGACGAUAGUCGUGGAUACGGAUACUACGAGCAUCGUGAAGACAGAAGCAGAGGCCGGUCACCUCAGCCCCCAGCAGAGGAAGAGGAAGAAGACUUUGAUGAAAACCUUGUGGCUAUUGACACCUAUAACUGUGACCUGCAUUUCAAGGUGUCCCGAGACCGGUACAGUGGAUACCCACUUACCAUCGAGGGCUUUGCGUACUUGUGGGCAGGUGCCCGAGCUACUUACGGUGUUACCAAAGGACGCAUGUGCUAUGAAAUGAAGAUCACUGAGGAGAUCGCUGUAAAGCACCUUCCAUCCAGCGAGCCUGAUCCCCAUGUGGUGAGAAUUGGCUGGUCUUUGGACUCCUGUAGCACCCAGCUUGGAGAGGAACCCUCCUCCUAUGGCUAUGGUGGAACUGGCAAGAAGUCCUCAAACUGUAAAUUCGAGGACUAUGGAGAGAAGUUUGGUGAAAAUGAUGUCAUCGGCUGCUACCUUGAUUUUGAGAGUGGAGAGCAAGUGGAGAUGGCGUUCUCCAAAAAUGGUAAGUGGCUCGGGCCUUGCUACAGCAUCUCUCGUGAGGAGCUGGCUGGUCGUCCUCUCUUCCCACACAUCCUGGUGAAGAACUGCGCUAUAGAGUUCAACUUCGGACAGAAGGAGGAGCCGUAUUUUCCUCCACCAGAGGGCUACACAUUUAUCCAGGAGUUGGAGUUGCAAGACAGAAGCAGAGGAACGGUCGGACCAGCUACCAAAGCAGAGUGCGAGAUCCUAAUGAUGGUCGGACUGCCCGGCAGUGGAAAGACCACAUGGGCCAUUAAGCACUCCAAGGAGAACCCUGAAAAGAAGUUUAACAUUCUGGGUACCAAUGCCAUAAUGGACAAGAUGAAGGUGAUGGGACUUCGUCGCCAGAGGAACUACGCCGGACGCUGGGACAUUCUCAUCUCGCAGGCCACGCAGUGCCUCAAUCGCCUCAUCCAGAUUGCCGCUCGCAAGAAACGCAACUACAUCCUGGACCAGACAAAUGUAUAUGGAUCAGCCCAGAGACGAAAAAUGCGUCCUUUUGAAGGGUUUCAACGCAAGGCUAUUGUAAUUUGUCCAACGGAUGAGGAUUUAAAAGAGCGAACAUUAAAGCGAACUGAUGAGGAAGGGAAGGAUGUACCCGAUCAUGCUGUGUUAGAAAUGAAAGCCAACUAUGUGCUGCCUGAUGCCGGCGAGUGCCUGGACGAGGUGAUCUUCAUAGAACUGCAGCGCGAGGAGGCUGACGCACUCAUCAAGCAGUACAACGAGGAAGGCCGAAAGGCUGGCCCACCACCCGAAAAGCGCUUCGAUAACCGGCCCGGAGGCUUCCGCGGCCGUGGAUUCCAGCGCUACGAGCACCAAGGCGCGCCGCAAGGUGCACGAGGCUCGUACCAGAACCGGGGCAGCACUGCAGGAGGUGGCUACCGUGGAGCCUACAACCGUGGAGGGUUCAACCAGAACCGCUGGGGAAACAACUACAGAGAUUCAGGAAGCUGGGGAGGUUACAACCGCAGCCAACAACCAGGAGGCAGCUACAACCACAGCCGCCAGAGCUCCUACAACAAAGGAGGAAGUGGAUCCAGUGGGAGCUACAGUCAGUCCCAGCCUCAGAGCUACAAUCAAGGUUACAGCCAAAGUUACAACCAAGGCAGUUACAGCCAGGGAUACAACUACGGAAACUACAGCCAGUACCCAGGUUACAACCAGGGUUAUAGCCAGACACCUGCAGUCACGGGCCAGACAUACAACCACCAGCAGCAGCCGCAGCAGCAGCAGCAACAACCGCAGCAGCCGCAGCAGCCGCAGAGCUACAACCAGCAGUACCAGCAGUACGCUCAGCAGUGGCAGCAGUAUUACCAGAACCAGAGCCAAUGGAACCAGUACUACAACCAGUACGGAAAUUACGGCAACUACCAGCAGGGCCAGGGCUCACAGCAGUAGCCAUAUUCCACUUCCUGUGGCUCUUCCAUAUCAUUCCAUCAGCUCUAUUCUUCAGCUGUUUUCUUUCUUUUCCCCUUUGGGUUUUUUUUUUUUUUUUUUUUUUUUAAAUGAUUAGUCUCCUUCAUCUUCAGUCUUCCUUUUCUCUCGAGACGACUCCCCAUGUGCUAAAAAAUUUUGCUUUUGCUCUCGAACUGCUUCCGUUUUACACACUGAUGCAUUGAUAAGUAGCGACGUGUAAAGUAGUUUGCUUUCAGAUCCCGCACGCACAGAUUCACGCGAGAACGCUUCGUAGUGGGGGCACAUAUACUUUUAAAUCAUUUGGAUUUGUACGUUGACAAUUUGCAUUAUUUUUUUUAUGUCUUCUAAUCAUAUUUUUCGAGGGGAGAUAGAUUUCAGGUAGCCCUAUUUCAAAACAUUUUCUUUUCAGAACACAAUUAUCUAAUACCAGUGAAAAUUUAAAGACCCUAAUUUUGCAGAACUUAAUAUUAAAAAAAAAAGAAAAAUCAUAACCAGUGAUGUCAACCUGGAUUAUAUUUUAUACCAUU